UGUUUCCGGACAGAAAGGAUAUUUUCUUUUUUUGUCUGUUAGGAAGUGAAAGGGGCGGGGUUUUGAGAGGCAUAAAGCCCUGUGAAUGCAGUGCAGUUCCAACAGUUACAGACUGCAAUCAGCAUGAACUGUAGCAUGCAGAAGAGAGUCCUGCUCAGCAGUGGGAGGGAUGGAGAGUUUGACAAGUUGGCUCUGCAGUUCUUCUGGGACAUUGUCAAGGAGAAGGAACCUUUGGUCAGGUCACCUUAUUUUCCAGCACUGUUUUCCUUUACAGCUUACAUGACUUUCUGCCUUCCUUACGUUGCACUGGACUUUUUAAGCACUAAAAUACCAACCCUAAGAAGAUACAAAAUCCAGCCUCAGAGUUAUCCAACUCUUGAAAUGAUGGUGCCUUGUGUACUUCGAAGUGUUUAUCACCACAUGGUUUUGAUUUUCCCAGUGACGGUUGCACACUGGUAUUGGAGACCAGUGCAUCUACCCGUGUUGGCCCCUGAGCUGCCCAAACUUCUGCUGGAUGUAACAGUUUGCCUGCUUCUCUUUGACUUCCAGUAUUUCCUGUGGCAUUUGCUUCAUCACAAGGUAUCUUGGCUCUACAAGACGUUUCACAAGGUUCAUCACAAACACGUUUCUACAUUUGCUCUUACUGCACAGUACUCCAGUGUAUGGGAACUGCUUUCACUUGGAUUUUUUGCUGCCAUCAAUCCAGUGAUGCUGAAGUGCCACCCUUUGACAGAAAUGAUUUUCUUCCUCAUUAACAUUGCAUUGUCAGUGGAGGAUCAUUCAGGUUAUGACUUUCCAUGGUCAACUCACAGACUGGUACCAUUUGGCUUGUAUGGAGGAGCUCCACAUCAUGAUCUCCAUCACCUGAAAUUCAGAUCUAACUAUGCUCCAUACUUCACCCACUGGGAUAAACUCUUUGGAACAUUUGCUCAUGUACAUCCGAAGUAAGGGAGCUUGUCUAUGAACUAGCACACUUUGUGCAACUUCUAAACUGAAAGAAGAGUUUAAUUUUUCAGACUGAUCAAAAUAUGAAUGUUUGAAAUCAGCUAUAUGGGCCAUAACUGUUAUUUAUAACAAAUAUUUUAUGUCUCUGUGUGUCUGUCUGAAAUUGCAUUUUUUAACUAUAUUAUUUCUAUUUGAGUCAAACAUAAGGAAGUAUAAAGAGACUUUGCUUUAUUUCCUUUGAAUAUCCCAGCUUUUAUAAAGCAUGUUAUAUAUUGUUGUAUGAUGUUCAAUACAUACACAGAGAAAUAUUUUCUAACUGUGAUAGAAUGAUACAUGAUAUGAAUAGAAACUAUACACACAAGAGUUUUUCUAUGAAAUUUUAUCUGCCAGUUUAUAUUCAUCCAUACUGACCUUGUUCAAAUAAAUUGCUGUCUGAUAGAACUAAUUCUCUAAUUUGGUUUUGCUUUUCUGUGCAAUAAUUUGAAUAUUUAUUUUGUGUACCUCUUUAAUGGUCUAUUUUUAAAGUGAAAUAAACUCUGUUGUAAUUAAAGUGAUCCUUUAGCCA